AUGGCCCAGAAAAGCAGCCCCACGGUCCCCUACGCAGCGCCUGUCUUUGCAGUUUGCUUCCUGGCACAUGUAGCCGCAGGUGUGGAUCUGUCAGUGAAUAAUUACGCUUCCGACUUCACCCUGUCUACUGUAUCUGGUUCUCUACUCUCCCUCUCCUGCCUAGUACAGAACAACAGCCAGGCUGAGGAGCUUCUCUGGUACCGAGGAGAUGGGACCGUGGAUCUCAAGGCUGGAAAUAAUGAGAACGUCAGUAACAUCUGCAUAUCCCCUGUCAGUGCGGAUGACAAUGGAGUUGCCUUCACCUGCACGCUGAAGCGGGACGAAUCUGUGCAGGUCUCUGUGAUCCUGGAUGUCCAGUUUCUUCCUGACCUUUCUGGAGAAGAGUCCCUCCUGGUCGAAGAAGAAAAACAUGUUACCAUGAAGUGUAAUUCCAAAUCCAAUCCUCAAGGCCAAGCAAUCUGGUAUAAAAACAACAACACCUUAACCCUAGAGGAAGAUCGCUACGAGGUGUACCAGACUAGUGAUGUCCUUCAGCUGUCUAUCAAAAAUCUUGUUAAGUCUGACAACGGGACCUACACUUGUCUGGUGAAAUCUGAUUUCGGAGAAAGGAGUAAGGAUUUCCACCUGACAGUUGAAGAUAAAAAGCCUGUUUUUCCCACGGAGGCCGUUAUUGCUGCUGCCGUCGUGGUUGCACUCACUAUACUGUUUGGAAUUGUGGCUCGAAGAAAAAAAAUUUUUAAGUGCUGCAAAGGAUCGAGUGAAACAGCUCUGUAA